UUUCAAUCGGCGUAGCAUUGCGGUGUUUCAUUCGGAUUUCAAAGGCUACUUUGAUUUAUUCAAAUUCAUUGAGUGUACACAGAUUUGUGUGAAUAUUGAAAUGGAUUUGGAUUAUUUUCCCUUCUUCGACAAUGAUAUGAAACGUUUUCUUAUUUAAACUAAAAAAUUACUUGUGUGUUUAGAAAUAUCACAAAAUCGUUGAAUUCUAUACAUUCAAGUAGAUGGAUUAGCCUUCUCUAAUUCCAAUAUCAUCUGUAAAUAAACUUUUUUCGGGCUAUAAUUUUCAGCGUUUAAUGAUAUGAAAUGCUCAAUCAAUGUUAUUGUUGUGCAACUGAAUUUGAAUGUUUAAAUUUCAAUUUUAAAAAGAAGUAUCUGAAAAUGUUGCGCAUUUCAACGCAAUAAUUCGACGCAUUCGAACUGCGGCAGUUAUGUAUGUAGUGUAUGAUAUUGUAUCAGAGUCAAACUGACGUGACAUCAAUGCAGUGGUGACAUUUGAAUACUUGUGAUUUGUUGUAAAUAGAUCGUACUGUAGGCAAAACCAGAUGAUGAGCACAAUUAAAUUAGUCAUUCAUGCUUUAAGCUAACUAUUUUAAUAUUAAUUAAAAUACAAACAAGAAAACGCAAAGAAAAUAUUCGUUGUGGAAAGUUUUUGGCCAAAGAUCGUAAUCAUAAAAAGCGUUUUGAAUUUUUCUUUCUCUGUUCCCGUACAAGUGCAAUUCAAUUGGAUUGAAGCCGCAAAUGUAAACUGUGUCAGUGGAGAAAAUAUUUCUUCUAGUUCACGUACGUCGAAAUUAAUUUUGCAUAAUGCCUCGAUCGCCGAUUCCAUUGUGCGUAGCUGACAAUGUGCAGCGAUUGAACGAGAUGGCGGAGGUGGGUAAAGAAAUAAAACGAAAACAAACAUUGCUGCUCAGCAAAUCCACGCAAAAAGUGUUGGCCAAAGCUGAAGAGUUUUACAAGCUAGGCGAUGAAGAACAGGCAUAUAUUAUGUACAUGAAAUACUUCGCUUUGAUAGAAAUCAUUAGGAAUGCAAAAGAUUUUUCCAAAGUCAAGGGCGCCGUAAAAGAAUUAUUGGGUGGAAAUAAAGACAUUUUUGCUCGUAUGGACUUAUUGGAAGAAUUGAAAGAUAGUUUAUUGAAAAGGUAUGCUGAAAGGAAAAAACUUUUUGAAGCUGCACAACAUAAAGCGGAGCAGGAAAAGAAAAUGGUUACAGCCAAUGAAACGGCUAGUGUACCAGUUACAAAGUUCCUCAGUUGCACUAAUUUGUACAACAUAAUCAAAAAUACGGAACAGCAUACUCUGUUGUUGAUCGACUGUCGUUCGAGCGAUGAUUUUUUGGGGUCGCAAAUCAGAUACCAGAAUUCGAUCAACAUUCCUGGCGAUACCAUCAAACAUGGUACAUCUGCAUGGUUAUUGUCAAGAGAAAUUGCGCCAAAUCGGCAAAGUCUAUGGAAUGCUCGUGACAAAAUGGAUUUGGUCGUUUUAAUAGAUGAGGAUACUAGCGAUAGUAAGAGCACAUCGACUAACACAUCGAAGCCAAUCUGGACAUUGCGAAACAUUUUAUUGAAUUGGGAUCCGGAUAUGCAAUACAAAAGUGUCCUUUUGCUCGACGGAGGUUUCCAGAAAUUUGGUCUUGUUUAUCCCAUGUGGGUGACGAAUCCAAAGUACAAGCCGAAAUCAACAGAUGCACCUGCCAUCCCAGCUGUGAGUGACAUUGAAUAUCCAAAUUUGGGAGACAUUAAAAUGAAGCCAAAGCCAACGGAACAACCAUCUAGCAAUGUGCCGCGAAUUGAUCGCAGUAACAAACCAAUAUUUGGACAAAAGUCCAUCGAACAACAGCAACCGAUCAAUUCGGUGUCGAUUGUUCAAGAACGUGAAAAGAUUUUGGAUCAAAUUUUGCAAAAAGAUCGAGAGGCCUUACGAAUCGGAGACGAAUUGAGCAACAUUGUCAAUGCACCAAUCAAACAAAGUGAAGCGGAACACGACGAAUGGUUGACGAAACAAACUGAGCUUGAAUAUAAAUUAGUUCAGAAAGAAAAUGAAUUGAAUGACACCAUCAUGGAAUUGAGUACGAUCACAACACCAGAAUUGGAAAAUAAGCUUCAAUUCGAUACGUCGAAUCCAGAUGUGAAGAAAAUCGUUGCUAGAAUCGAAGAGAAAUCGAAUGAACAUGCUGAAUAUGAACGACGAAUGAAACAGAGAUUUCAAGAAAUCGAGGAAAAGCGCAGGACGGCCAGAGAACAACAAAAACGUCAUUUGCAAUUAAAAGAAGAGGAAGAAGAAUUGAUUCGUCCAAAGCAACCAGCCUUUGAUCGUUCUGUGAAACCUGCUUCGGACAAUCUCCAAAUGAGAUUUCCACAAAUUCAUCGCAAUUUCGAACCCGUGUACGGUUCAUACGGUGACAUUGGAGCAACUGGUUUGAAGAAUCUGGGCAACACUUGUUAUAUGAACAGCAUUAUUCAAUGCAUCUUGAAUCUUGAGACAUUCUGCGAAUAUCUAAAAAGAGAUGGAUAUUUAAAGCAUGUUAAUCGAAAGAGCAAAACGCACGGACAAAUUACUGAGGAAUUGGCUCAGUUGUGCAAAGAGCUUUGGUCGGGAAAGUACAAAAGUGUUGCACCGCGCGAUUUCCGCAAUGUGAUUGGACAAGAGCACAAAAUGUUUGCCUCCUAUGAUCAGCAAGAUUCACAUGAGUUCCUUGUCAUUUUGAUAGACAUACUGCACUCGGAAUUGCAAUUUCCGAUGGAUGACACAAUAUUGAAUGAAAACAUGAACAAAUCGGAAGUGGCUUGGCGUGAAUUCCUGAAAAAUAUGCAAAGUAUUAUUCAUUCGAUGUUUUUCGGGCAAAUUCGAAGCACAGUCAAGUGUCGAUCUUGUAAAUUUGAAAGUGCAACUUACGAGGGCUUUUCGCAUUUGAGUUUGGAAUUGCCACAGGAUAAUCGACAGUGUGACAUAUACGAUUGCCUUGAUUUGUAUUUCGAUGGUGAGGUUAUCGAGGGUUGGACAUGCCCACAGUGUAAACAAAACCGUGAAGCAAUCAAAAAAUUGGAUAUUUCCAGACUGCCACCCGUGCUUGUGAUUCAUUUGAAGAGAUUCUAUGCCAGUUUGGACACACCAAAUACAUACCACAAGAAACCAAACUAUGUUCAUUUUCCCACCAACGAUUUUCAAAUCAAGGACUACAUUACGAAUUCGUUGAAACAACGACUAAUGUUAAAUUCGUAUGAUCUAUUCGCCGUAUCUAACCAUUACGGUACAAUGAAUCGUGGCCAUUACACUGCAUUUUGUAAAAAUGCCAAGUCACAAGCAUGGUAUAAAUACGAUGAUAACUAUGUCACACAAAUUGCUAGCAACGAUGUGAACUCAAGUGCUGGAUACAUUUUAUUCUACUAUCAACAAUAAAGAAUGCGUUUCUUUUCAUUUUCAUUUAAAUUAAUACAAAUCUGAGCAUAUUUUUUAUAUUGAUUGCUAUUUUUAUUGUUGUGAGCUGUUUCAAUUUGGUGGAUCGCAGUUAUUUACAAAGAAAAAAAAGGCUUAGGUCUCUAUGUUUUUUUUUUAUUAUUAUAUAGCAGAAUAAAGGCACUAUUUCGGAAGAAAA